UUCAUCUAGAUUCAAUUUCAAUGUGUAUGACAUUAUCUUCAAUAUUAUAAUAAUUAUUUUUAAAUUAUGUCUAUUGAAAUAGAAUCUGCAGAUGUUAUUCGUCUAAUUCAACAAUACUUAAAGGAAUCAAAUCUUGUUAAAACAUUGCAAACAUUACAGGAAGAAACAGGUGUUUCUUUAAAUACAGUUGAUAGUGUAGAUGGAUUUGUAGCUGAUAUAAAUAAUGGACACUGGGAUACAGUACUUAAAGCCAUUCAAUCUCUUAAAUUGCCAGAUAAAAAAUUAAUUGAUUUGUAUGAACAGGUAGUCUUGGAAUUAAUUGAAUUAAGAGAACUUGGAGCUGCUAGAAGUUUAUUAAGACAGACUGAACCAAUGGUAAUGAUGAAACAACAAGAACCCGAAAGAUAUAUUCACUUAGAAAAUCUUCUUGCCCGUUCAUAUUUUGAUCCUAGAGAAGCAUAUCCAGAUGGAAGUACAAAAGAGAAAAGAAGAGCAUAUAUAGCAACAUCUUUAUCAGGAGAAGUUUCAGUAGUACCAUCUAGUAGAUUACUAGCAUUAUUAGGACAAGCUUUAAAGUGGCAGCAACAUCAAGGACUUUUACCACCUGGUACAACUAUUGAUUUGUUUCGAGGUAAAGCUGCUGUUCGUGAUCAAGAGGAUGAAAAAUAUCCGACACAAUUAUCAAAACAAAUCAAAUUUGGAACAAAAUCACAUGUUGAGUGUGCCCGUUUUUCUCCAGAUGGUCAAUAUUUAGUCACAGGAUCUGUUGAUGGUUUCAUUGAAGUGUGGAAUUUUACUACAGGUAAAAUUAGAAAAGAUUUGAAGUACCAAGCCCAAGAUAAUUUUAUGAUGAUGGAACAAGCUGUUUUAUCAAUGGCUUUUAGUCGUGACAGUGAAAUGUUAGCUGGUGGUGCACAAGAUGGAAAAAUAAAAAUUUGGAAAGUGCAAAAUGGUCAGUGUUUAAGAAAAUUUGAAAAAGCCCAUAUGAAAGGUGUUACUUGUUUACAAUUUAGUAGAGACAAUGGACAAGUACUUUCAGCAUCUUUUGAUGCUACAAUUAGAAUUCAUGGAUUAAAAUCUGGAAAAACAUUAAAGGAAUUUAGAGGACAUUCUUCAUAUGUUAAUGAAGUUAUAUUUUCUUCUGAUUCUCAUAAUAUUAUUAGUGCAUCUUCGGAUGGAACAGUGAAAGUUUGGAGUUUAAAGACUACAGAAUGCACUGGAACAUACAAAUCAUUAGGAGCUGCAGAUCUAACUGUAAAUAGUAUACAUGCAUUACCAAAAAAUCCUGAACACUUUGUAGUUUGUAAUCGCUCUAAUAGUGUUGUUAUAAUGAAUAUGCAAGGACAAAUAGUUAGAUCUUUUUCAAGUGGUAAACGAGAAGGUGGUGAUUUUGUUUGUGCAGUUGUGUCUCCCAAAGGAGAAUAUAUUUAUUGUGUUGGUGAAGAUUUUGUACUUUAUUGUUUCUCUACAACAUCUGGAAAACUAGAAAGAACGUUAAAUAUUCAUGAAAAAGAUGUUAUUGGACUCGCACAUCAUCCUCAUCAAAAUUUAUUAUGCUCAUAUAGCGAAGAUGGUCUUGUAAAACUUUGGAAGCCUUAAUUUAGAAAGACUUAACUUUUAAUUUAAGGUAUUUUAUACCAAAUGGAAUUAUAGACUAUUAGGUUUUAUUAUGAUUAUUAUAAGAAUAAUAAAUAAUUUAUAAGAC